CCCAUAGUUGAACCUCCUUAGUUUCUAAACUAGACGCCCCUUCAACCAUAAUGCGUGACAUUGCAGCGGACCCACGCUUGGAAAAAGAAAGAAAGAGGGCGAACAACCCUAUCUACCAGUUAUCCCAAACCCCAUAUCCCUCCGCGGUCUUCACCACUUCGCUCUUUCUCAGUGGAAUAUACAAACAGAAGCCGUGGGAUGUCAUCAAACCACGUCAUAACCACGGGGUGGCAUCCAAACUCCAGCGUAGUUUCCUUUUCAGAAACUACACAUCCAAGGCUUUAGUCCAUCCUACCGCUUCCCAGUGCUAUACUUACGGGUUCGGGUACGCGGUAAGUUGGUGGUUGAACUUCAUGGGCGCCAUCGACCAGUCCUGCGGAAAUAGUUUCAUGUGGUCGUGUAUAUACCUCUUUGGCCAGCGUAAGAACUUGUUCCAGAGACGCUUUCAGCCGUUACCGUGGGCCUUGGGCAGCAUGGCUAUCGGUAAUUUCGUGGUCAACUACACUGGUUAUUGGUGGGGCGAUGGUAAGGUCUGGGGGCAAUGGUACACCUACUUCUGAGUAUUUGGACACUUCUUGUAUAUAUAUAUAUAUAUAUAUCCCUGGAGACUGUCCUAGGACGUUUUCCAGCGUCUGCUUGUCUCCGUGGGGAUAUGAGCUGCGGAUCAUUCCCGUACCCAGUGGCUGGGUGCCUCCAGCGUAAUCACGAGGGGCUGCCUCCCAGGUGGCCACUAGAGCAAGGUUAUUUCACGUCAAAUACCAUUAAAUUUGUUCAAGCAUUUAAAUGAGUACUUUGCCAAAUUAUUAUAGAUAGUUCUCCGAAGAACAACAAAAUAUACCAAAUACCCAGGUAUGUUUCAAAGUCAG